AUGGCGACCGCAGAAGAACUGAAACAAGUUCUCAAAGAAACCCUUGAAAACCAAGGGGUACUUGGUCAAAUACGAGCACGGAUCAGAGCUGAAGUUUUUAACGCCCUAGAUGAUCAGACAGAACCAAGACCCACACUAUCCAAUGAAAACAUGCUUAUCAAUGAGCUGAUCAGAGAAUACCUGGAGUUCAACAAAUAUAAAUACACUCAGUCUGUAUUUUUAACAGAAACUGGACAACCAAGAGACCCUAUCGACCGGAAGUUUCUAACACAGGAGCUGAACAUCUCAGAGGAUCAUGCUACUGCUUCAACGCCCCUUUUGUAUGGAAUAAUGGCACAUUUUCUCCAAGGAUCCCACAAACAAUCCAGAACCAGUAGACAACAACAGGCUGGACCUAGGGCAAGUCCCAGAGAAGGAUAUUUACUGAGACCAAGGAGAGACCAUCUUGACAGAUCGCGAGAAAUAAGUGACCUCAGUGACAUGAGCGACUAUCGCGAACCAGGUCCAUUGACAGUCAAAGGAAGACAUCGAUAACUUCAUCACUGGCCAUAAUACUUCAAACUAUGGCUUUUCCCAUUGUACUAUAUUCCUAACUAUCCUCUUGAGAAAACCCAAAAAAAUCGUUGGGAAACUGAAUGGAUAUAUUUUUAUUAAGAGUUAUUUUAGAUUCUCUCAGCUGAAGUGCUCCUGAACAAAGGUGAAAUUCCUUUAGGUUUUUCUGUUGUCGUAAAAGAAAAAAAACGAAAAAAAAAAUUAUAGGAAGUUAAGGGUUCAGGGAUGCGCGAAGAAACCCCUCGGCUUAUGUGUUAUUCAAUGUAGGCAGUGGAGCCAUUCCCGCUAGUAGAGCUUACUGAGUACAUUGAGUAAAACAUAAGCACAUGAGAAAUUCCUGUUCGUAAACACUAUUACAUGUACCAGGAAUGGCUCCACUGACUACAUUAAGUAACGCAUAUAAUAUAAGCUUAAUCACCGGAGCCAAUCCUGUUCGUAAACACUAUUGCCAGGAAUGGCUCCACUGACUACAUUAAGUAACGCAUAUAACAUAAGCUUAAUCACCGGAGCCAAUCCUGUUCGUAAACACUAUUGCCGGGAAUGGCUCCACUGACUACAUUAAGUAACGCAUAUAAUAUAAGCUUAAUCACCGGAGCCAAUCCUGUUCGUAAACACUAUUGCCAGGAAUGGCUCCCCUGACUAUUGAUGGUUUUCACGGCGGCCAUGUUGGAGGAACUUAACAAAAGAAUUAUCAAUGAAUUCUUUUGUUAUAUCCUCCAACAUGGCCGACCUGUCUUUUGUCAUUUAAUUCUCUUGGGAAUGGUUGAAAACCAUCAAUAGUGAGUAACCGUAAGAUAAAAGCUUGUUUGACAGAGCCAUUCCUGUUCGUAAGUACCAUUACCAGAUAUGGCUCCACUGACUAAUGAUUUAUGAUUUAUAUAGCGCUCUUUCCAUAUGAAUCAUAAUCAAAGGCGCUUUACAUUGAGUGAAUGACAGAUUGAAUUUGUGCAAUUUACAAGCAUGAGAGAUGGUUAGAAUGAAGUGUAGGCACUGAGGGUGGUCACUGCCAGGGUUUCUUUACGUCCUCAGUGGUUCUUUUACGUCCCAACAUUUAAUAUAAGCUUGUUCACAGGAGCCAUUCCAGUUCGUAAACACUAUUAACAGGAAUGGCUCCUCUGACUACAGUUAAUAAUACAUAAGAUAUACACUUGUUCAUACACUUAAAUAUUAUAGAAAAAAACAAAAUUGGUGUUAUGAGAAAAACGAUUUAGCAUUACAACUUCCGCUCUCACAAACUCCGGAAAAUUUCACAAUCGCCGCAAGCAUUUCGUCUUAUCAUAAGACUCCUGAUCGAUUGAGCAAUCACAGUUCGCGCCGGAGUGUAUAUAUAUAGAUUGUUUAUAGGCCAGAUAACUCUGAACCUCGCCUCAAAUUAGUAGAACUGAAGAGCCAGUUUUAUAUUUACAAAUGAGUAUAAUCAGUUUUAUGAAUUCUUAACGAAAAAUCUAGAAAUGUAAAAUGAUAAUUCUCAUCAUGAAGCUCGCGUUCUGUUAUCGUGGUCCUUGCCGCAAAACUCCAAUAGCGUUUUCCAUGGUUAUCUAAAAUAGAUAAAUCAAAGCCUUGUGGGACCGGACCGACUUAUAGAAAAACUUUGUAAACAAAGACUCGGAGUAUCCCUUGACCUGAUUUGAAUUGUCCUUAUAGACGGUAUUUAACUAUUGAUGGUUUUAACGGCGGCCUUUUAUUAUAUCCUCCAACAUGGACACCGUGUCUUUUGUUAUUUAAUUCUCUUGGGAAUGGUUGAAAACCAUCAAUAUUAUGCUAACGGUUGAAUAUACAAAAGUUUCCACAAUGAAUUGUCCUUGUAGACGAUGCUAGUAGACGAUGCUAGCAGCCGGCCAUUUAGUCCUUCCUACAUAUGACACUAACGCUAUUUUUUGUUUGAAUCUUUAUUAAAUUAUGACUAUAUCGCGAUAGGACACUAUAAUGCAUGUGGCCAUAGAGAUACCAUAGCUUGCUUUCCUCAGUUCCCCACUCAUGUUCAAAUGUAAUAAAAAUGUUCAGCAAUGCGUUCAAUCAAAAA